GCUCAGUUUCGGUUGAAAGCCAAAGGCGAGCGGUUCUCUCACGGCUUUUGUUGAGCUCGGCUCGUCUCGUCUCGUCUCGUCUCGUCUUGUCUUGUCUUGUCGAACAAAAACAUCGUCAAGUACAACGGACAUUGAAUACACAUCGAGCUGAAAAACAAACACGCGAGUUCAAAGCACAAAUACGCAUAAAUAUAGACGAAAGCGCCGUUAAUCGGGAAAAUUUCGCCAAUUAUUUUUUUGUUGUUGUUGUUUGAUUUUGGUUUGUGCCGUCGGCAAAAGCUUAAAUAAAAAAGCGCAGUGGUAGAGAGACAAGUGAAGGAGUCGGCGCCACCACAUGACCACAAUGCCACCGGAAAUGUCCACAACUACGGCAGCCGUUGGGGACACACCGGGCAGCCUCACGACUUCGCCCUCGGCCACGCAGGCGCCGCGUUCCCGUUUCAUGAUCACCGACAUUCUGGCGGGGAGCGCCGCUGCUGCUGCCGCUGCUGCCGCCGCCGCCGCAAUGGCUGCCGCCGCCGGACGUAGUUCCGCCAGUCCGCCAGAAGAUUGCUACGCGCCGCCGCCUAUCCGCGACCCACAGCAGCAGCAAGCGCAGCAGACGCAGCAGCAAGCCCAGCAGCAGGCUGCACUGCAGCAUUACCUGGCACAGCAGCAGCAAUUGCUGCGCUUCGAGCGCGAACGUGAGCGCGAACGCGAGCGGGAACAGUAUCAUCAUGUGGCCCCGCUGCUUGCUCACUUUCCACCCAGCCACUACGCGGUUCUCCAACAACAGCAGCAGCAGCAGCAUCCUCAUGCACAUCUACACCGUUUCGCCCGGCAAGUGGGUCGCGAAGGAUCGCCGCCGCUGUCCAAGGAUUGCCACACAACAGCCGCGUGGAAUACGCAGGCACAACCGCUAAAUCCACACACACAUCCGCAACAUCCACUUGCCCAUCAUCCGCAUCCGCAUGCGCAUCCGCAUCAUCAUCAGCUGCAGCUGGAGCGCGAACGUCUUGAGGCGCUGCAUCGUCAUGGCGCCAGCGUGCCGCUCGGCGGCGCAUCGGGUCAUGUGGAGGGCCAAGACGAACGAUCCCGUUCGCCGCUCGUCCUACAUUCGCUGGGCGGCAGCAAUAACAACAACAGUAACAACAACAACAACAACAACAAUAGCAGCAACAACAGCAGCAGCAACAACAACAUUAGUGGGUGUAGCAACAGCAACAACAACGGCAACACAAGCGGUCUGUUGAUGGGCGGCACCGGCAGCAGCAUUAGCGGGGAUCAGGCGAGCACCAUUGACGACAGCGACAGCGACGAUUGCGGUGGCAAAGACGACGAUGGCGAGGAUAGCCUGAAGAAUGGGAAUAGCGGCGCCAAUGGUGAAUCCCAUUUGGGCCUCAGCCUGAGCAAGAAGCAGCGAAAGGCGCGCACCGCUUUCACGGACCAUCAGCUGCAGACGCUGGAGAAAUCCUUUGAGCGGCAGAAAUAUCUCAGCGUACAGGAUCGCAUGGAGCUGGCCAACAAGCUGGAGCUGAGCGAUUGCCAGGUGAAGACCUGGUACCAGAAUCGCAGAACCAAAUGGAAGCGCCAAACCGCCGUCGGGCUGGAGCUGCUCGCCGAGGCUGGCAACUAUGCGGCCUUUCAGCGGCUUUAUGGCAGUGCCACGCCCUAUUUGAGCGCCUGGCCGUAUGCAGCCGCUGCGGCAGCACAGACACCGCACGGUGCACCGCCCUCGGCCAUUGAUAUAUACUAUCGCCAAGCGGCAGCAGCCGCCGCACUCCAGAAGCCAGCGCUUCCCGCCACCUACAUGUACCCAAGUCGCAUGCCACCGGGCAUGGGGCUGCCGGGCAUGCCGCCGCCGCCAGGUGCCGCGCCCAUGCUGAGCGGCUAUUAUGCGCCGCCGUUGGCGCCGCGCGAACGCUCGCCGGCGACCAGCCAGAGCGCCAACAGCGAAGCCGAAUACGAGCGCAGCAGCAGCAGCCGGCAGCGUCUGUUGACGCCAAGCCCGCCCCUAAAUCCAGGCAGUCCGCCAGCGCGACGGGAGCAUGCCGCCGAGGAGGCGCCACCGAAUGCGGCCAAAACGUCCGAAUCGGAGUCGGAGCGUGUUGAGUUGACGACGCUGCCAGCGGUCGAGGUGGAUGAGGAUGAGGACGAUGACGAGCUGGCACUGGAGGUAUGAGCGCUAGGCUCAAGGCUGGAUCUCAGACGGCGAUUACAACGGGACAGCUCAAAGUCACCCAGCUGCAUGCUCAGUUGCCCCACGUAAAUGUCUCACAUUAAACAAAUAAAAAAUAUAUAUUAAAUAU